AUGUCAUUUCCAAGUACUGAUAAUUAUUCCCCGUUUCAUGAGAGGAAAUUUCGAAUCUCAGGUAAGAAGAAAGUCAGACGUCGUCGUAAAGUUAGGUCUCAGGUACACAAUGUGCCUGAAGCAGAAAACAAAGAAUUGCCUCGCAAAGUAUUAGUAGAAAUCGAAGUAUUUAUGCCAACAGUAGAUGUUGAAAACAAUACGCUGAUUCCGCCAAGGUUCGAUCGGCCUAUUUUUAAAUAUCGUGAAAUAGACAAUGAAGAGCAGCCAUUGAAAAUAUCAGAAGUGACAAAUGAAAGUAUCAAGAUUAAUACAAAUAAGAAAAAUGCUACGUUUUCUGUAGCUAACGAGGACGAACAACCAAUAAAAACAUCAGAUAAUAUUAAUGAAAGCUCAAACAUUGAUGCAAUCAAGAAAAGAAAUGAUGUUGACAUAGUUAUCAAGGACGAACAAUUAAUAAAAACAUCAGACACUGUUAAUGAAAGUUCAGACAUUGAUGUAAUCAAGGAAACAAAUGAUCUUGGCACAGUUAUCAAAGAUGAACAGUCAAUAAAAAUAUCAGACACUGUUAAUGAAAGUUCAGACAUUGAUGUAAUCAAGAAAAGAGGUGAGCUUGGCAUACUUAUCAAUGAAGAACAAUCAUUAAAAAUGACAGAUAUUGCUAAUGAAAAUUCAAAUGUCAAUGCAGUCAAGAAAAGAAGGAAGCGUGCCACGGUGAUCAAAGGCGAACAACUGUUUAAAGUCUCAGACAUUGCUAAUGAAAGCUCAAACAUUGAUGCAAUCAAGAAAAGAAGAGAACUCGACACAGUUAUCAAGGACGAACAAUCAUUGCAAACAGCAGACAUUGCUAAUGAAAGUUCAAACAUUGAUGUAAUCAAGAAAAGUGAUCUUGGCAUAGUUAUCAAAGACGAACAAUCAUUAAAAACAUCAGACAUUGGUAAUGAAAAUUCAAAUGUCAAUGGAUUUGAGAAAAGAAGGAAGCGUAUCACAGUUAUCAAUGACGAACAAUUAUUAAAAGCAUCAGAUAUAGCUAAUGAAAGUUCAAACAUUGAUGUAAUCGAGAAAAGAAGUGAUCUUGUCAAAGUUAUCAAUGGUAAACAAUCAUUAAAAACAUCAGACAUUGCUAAUGAAAAUUCAAAUGUCAAUGUAGUCAAGAAAAGAAGUAAGUAUGUCAAAGGUUUCCAGGACAAACUACCAUUAAAAACGUCAGACACUGCUAAUGAAAAUUCAAAUGGCAAUUCAGUCAAGAAAAGAAGUAAGUAUGCCAAAAUUAUCAAGGAUAAACAGCCAUUAAAAAUAACUGAUGACACUGUUAAUGAAAAUUCAAAUGCCAAUGUAGGAAAGAAAAGAAGGAAGCGUGCCACAGUUAUCAAAGGCGAACAACCAUUAAAAACAUCACAUAUUGCUAAUGAAAGCUCAAACAAUGAUGCAAUCAAGAAAAGAAGUAAGUGUGCCACAGCUAUCAAGGCGGUCUCUGAAAGUAUUUCUAGGAUGAGCCAAGUAUUCAGACCACCUAAAAAUAAAAAAUCUGCAAGUAAUUCCGUCAUAUUUCCAGGAGAUAAGAUUUCUUCGAAAAAGAAACAAUCUAAUACAACAAUAUCAACAGAAACUAACAAAGCCAGCUCGCUGGCUUCUGUAAAGUCUGUUAAAACAAUCAAGUUUCUGUCCCCUGAAGACAGUUAA